GCUGGAGCUACGCUGACACCGGUUCGCAGCCGCCCCCCAGCGCCACCCCGACAAAGUCGCAGACGUUGAAGGGCACGCCGGCGAAGUCGCCGGAGCCCAUGUCAGUGGAGAAGCUGCGCGAGACUUCGGCUUGGCAGCACUCCAACUGGGCCCGGGAACCUUGGUCUUGGUCUGGUGGCUGGGCUGAUUCGUCUUGGGCCUGGGGAAACACUUGGUGGGCCCAGGGCUAUGUCGGGAGUGGCUCAUGGUAUGGUCAUGACGCAUGGGGCCGUGGUUGGAGCGAUGAUUCCCUCAUGGCGGGGUCGGAAGCAAGCCCGGGUGAGACUUCUGAUCCUGCUGGGGAUGUGAAGUCGCUUUUGAAGCGGCCUGUGACGACAGAAAGCCAUCUGGGCCACGUGGAAGAGGAGGCUGAUGCCUGGGCCAAGAAGCAGCAUGACCUGGAGGAGCUGCUGGAGAAGGCCACACCGGAGCUUCGGAACUUGGACACCCAGUCCACUCUGCCGCUUCCGGGUCGAAGCAGCAGUGAGCUGCUUCUGGAUGAGGACCGACACUCAGCAGCAGACAUCCUUGGAUCCGAUGCCGGAGGCAGCGCUUCCGCCGAGUACACAGCUGUCGGAGGUCCCGAGUGCAACAGCAGCGAUUCCGCCGAGUACACAGCCGUCGGAGGUCCCGAGUGCAGCAGCGAUUCCGCCGAGUACACAGCCAGAUCAGGUCCCGAGUGCAGCAGCGAUUCCGCCGAGUACACAGCCGGAUCAGGUCCCGAGUGCAACAGCGAUUCCGCCGAGUACACAGCCGGAUCAGGUCCCGAGUGCAGCAGCGAUUCCGCCGAGUACACAGCCGGAUCAGGUCCCGAGUGCAACAGCUUUUCCGCCGAGUACACAGCCGGAUCAGGUCCCGAGUGCAACAGCAACGAUUCCGCCGAGUACACAGCCAAAGGUCCCGAGUGCAACACCAGCGAUUCCGCCGAGUACACAGCCAAAGGUCCCGAGUGCAACACCAGCGAUUCCGCCGAGUACACAGCCGUUGGAGGGUGCCACUCCAAGUCCGGGGUCCGACAGGAUGUGGAGAUGCGACAAGUAUGGCCAGCCGUUGGGUGCUGGAGCUUUGUAUUCCAGAUUCUACAGAUCGAUCAGGAGCAGGUUCCCCAGACAGGUUCCAAUGCGCCGGAUGCUGUCAAAGACGAGUUCCAGAAAGCAAACAAGAGCUUGAACCGGACCCAGAAGUUCCACGACAUGUGGAUCCAGUUUAUCUCUUGCAAGGGACGCUGGCAUGACAGCACACUUGUGCUGAGUGUCAGGAAGAGCAAAGAGAAGACAAAGGACGUCGUUUACAUGUACAAGACGUACAAGACCUUAGUGUCUGAACUUGGACAAGAGCUGGCUGACGACCUGGUUAAGCGAGCCCGCGAAGCAGACCCUACAUACAGCGGCAAGUCUUGCCGUCUUCACCCUCAAUUUCCAAAGCGCGAGGAAAUGCAGCUCUACAAAUCCUUCGCCUACAUCAAGGACAAGACGCGUGACAAGAAGUCGCAGAGUGCCGAGAUUGAGCAGCGGGGAGACAAUAUUGACGAGGAUGAUCUCGCCAAUGCAAUGGAGGAUGCUUUGCCGAGCGGCGAUGAUGAACCGAUGGCAGGCAUUGAGACGAAGCCCAAGAAGGACCCCAAGCCCAAAAAGGACAGAACGUGGCGACAGCUCGGAGAUGCUGCGGACAAGAAGGCGAACAAAGACUUGAUCGAUUACCAGGGCUUCGAGAAGGUGAUGACUUCGGCCAAGAUGGCCGCCAACAUGAAGAAGGCCAUCCUGGAUGACAUCCGGCCUGCCCACGCAGAUCUGCAGAAGUGCAAGAAUCUUGUGGCCCAGGGACUUGGAAAAAAACUAUCGGAGCAGGAGAUGAAGCCUCUUGUGGAGGCCCUUCAAGCAGCCUUGGAAGAUUUCAAGAUUGUUUCCGAGCCGGUCAGAACAGCGGAGCGCAAGAGCAACAAGGAUGCGAACCCCAAGCCGAGUGCAAAGUCGAAGGGUGCUGCCAAGAAGAAGUAA